AUGCCUGCCAGGAGACUGGACCUGGAGGGACAUCCCAGGAGAGCAGUGAGGGCCAUCCUGAGGCUCCCCAGGUACUCCCCCGUGGCAGCGACCCUGGCCGAGGCUGGAGAGUGGCCCCUGUCCCUGCACAUGCUCCAGCGUGCUCUGGGGAACGUAGACCGCCUACACCGUGCUGCCGACGGCAGAACCCUCCUGGAGCGACUUCGCAGUCAGCCGAGGUCACGGAUGGGUGGUCUCUGUGCACUCUACCACCAGAUGGUCCCGAACCCGCCAGUCCCGGUGGACCCUCCACCACCCCACCACCAGCCGCCUGAGGUCCACCCGUACCUGGACGGGCUAACCAAGCGCCGAACACAUGCUGCAGCACUGCAACAGACCACCGUCUCCAAGUUCCAGCAGCAACUGAUGGUUCAGCAGCGGCCGCCUGCGUCAUCCCAUCCCGGGCCAUCAGCAGGCAGUGGCGACUACCCUUCCCGGCGAGCUCGACGGCCGCAGAGCUGGCAGGGCUACACCUGGUGGCGGCACCUGCUGGCCGAGGACGUUCCGGCUGAACCGGUCGCAGUCCUGUGUGACAGCAAGGCAGCCCUGCAGACGCUGGCCAACCAUCGCCAUGACAGGCUCACGGGGAGUCUCCUGGCAAACAAGUACCGGGCCCUAGCAGCAGCCGGGACGUCUGUCUCCUUCCGCUGGCUGCCCUCUCACGUGGGCAUAGCUGGCAACGAGGAGGCGGACACGCUGGCCAAGGCAGCAGACCAGCCGGGAACCCCCAUCACCUAA